AUGGGUUGUUCAUCAAUAUUGUGUCGUCACUUCACCUUAUUCUUGCACUACUUGCUCUUCCUACUGAUCACCACAUUUGGUUACUGUAUGGUCAUAAACUGUCUCUCUUUUUUGCAGCAUCCACAGCCACUAUGCCACAAGGAUGAGUGCUCUGCUUUGAUGCAGUUCAAUCGAAGCCUUUCGAUAAGAAACUUUGCUUCUGAGGAUCCUUUUGCUCAUCCAAAGGUAGCAUCGUGGAAUGGUAGUGAUGGCUGCUGCUGCUGCUCGUGGGACGGUGUCACAUGCCAUGAGGACACCGGCCAUGUGAUUGGCCUCAACCUCAGUAGCUGCUAUCUCUAUGGUUCUAUCAACUCGAGCAGCACCCUCUUUAAUCUUGUUCACCUUCGGAGACUCAACCUCGCGGACAAUUACUUCAAUUACUCCAACAUUCCGUCUAGCAUUGGCCGUUUUUCAAGGUUAACAUAUCUCAACCUCUCAUUCUCUUUGUUUUCCGGCCAAAUCCCAUUAGAAGUUUCGAAACUAACCAAACUAGCUUCUCUCGACCUUUCUGUCAACGAUUUUGUGGGCGAGAUAACUAGUACUACUUUUGAUAAUUUGACACAACUCGUCUAUUUAAACCUCUACAACAAUAAUUUUCUAGGUCAGAUACCUCAUUCGUUUCGUAAUCUUACUCAGCUCACACAUCUGGAUCUUUCUCUUAAUGAUUUCAAGGGCCAGUUACCUUCUUUAGCAAACCUUAAACAACUUCGGAUUUUCUACAUGGAUCAUAAUAAAUUAACUGGUCAAAUCCCAUACUGGCUUGUAACUCUCACCCAUUUGAGAAAGUUAGACCUUUCAUCUAAUUGGUUGCAUGGUUCAAUACCUGAAUCAAUUUCUCAACUUGUGAAUCUAGAAUAUCUAUCUCUCUAUGCAAACAAGCUGAGUGGGAAAAUAAGAGUAGAUGUGUUUCUUACCAUGAAAAAUCUCACCAGCCUUUUUCUGUCCGAUAACAUGCUGACAUUGCUCGCCAGUACCAGUACCAUCAAUGUCAAUGCUUCCAAGCUGCCAAAGUUCAAGUACCUAGAAUUGGCCUCGUGUAACUUAUUGGAGUUCCCUGAUUUCUUGAGAAAACAAGACGGCUUGAUGUCACUAACCCUACAGAACAACAAUAUCCGCGGCCCUAUACCUAAAUGGAUAUGGAACAUGAGUAGAGAAACUCUCUUGCUUAUGGACAUUUCCGAAAAUUUUCUAACCUCUGAGCUGCUUCCUCUAGUCCUUCCGUGGAGAAAACUACGUAGUUUAGACAUAAGCUCUAACAUGCUGCAAGGUUCACUUCCAAUCCCACCAUUAACCACCUCUUUCUAUAGAGUCUCAAACAACAAUUUGACCGGAGAGAUUCCACCACUGUUCUGCAAUCUGAGCUCUGCUUUUGUCCUCGAUUUAUCUUCCAACAACUUGACCGGUGUCAUCCCCCAAUGCUUGGCAAGCUUUAGUGAUUCUCUGUCCGUGUUGAACCUUCGAAACAACAACUUUCAUGGCCCCAUUCCUCAAAUGUACAAGAGAGGAAGCCAACUAAUGAUGAUAAAUUUUGGUGGAAACCAAUUACAAGGGCCGGUGCCUAGAUCGUUGGCCAGAUGCACAUUUCUGGAGAGUCUUGACCUCGGAAACAAUCUAAUCAAUGAUACUUUUCCCGUUUGGCUGGGAACACUUUCUAACUUGACGGUUCUGAUUUUGCAAUUCAAUAAAUUCCAUGGUUCCAUACCAAACCCUUACUCCAAUGUUGCAUUCCCCAGCUUGCACAUCAUUGACUUGUCUCACAAUUGUUUCACUGGUGAGCUGCCUUCGAAUUUCUUCACAACCUGGACGGCCAUGAAAGUUGUCAAUGAUCUUAACCAACCAAGGUACAUGGGGACAAGCAGAAAUCUGGACACACCUGGACAAAGUUGGAAUCUAAAUUACUUCUACUCCAUGACACUGACAAACAAAGGGGUGGAAACAGCAUAUAUGGAUAUUCAAAAUAUCUUGAUUGCCAUUGAUCUCUCGAGUAACCACUUUGAAGGAGAGAUUUCAGAUUCACUGGGGGUUCUAAGUGGGCUCCACAUGCUCAACCUUUCCAACAACAAUCUCACUGGUGAGAUCCCAUCUUCAUUUGGGAAUCUGACAGAGCUCGAAUCAUUGGACCUUUCUCAAAAUAAACUCUCUGGAGAAAUACCCCAGAAGCUGUCCCAGCUCACGUUCCUUGAAGUCUUCAAUGUCUCUCGAAACCAUCUCACAGGGCCGAUUCCACAAGGGAGGCAAUUCGAUACGUUUCCAAACAGCUCAUACGAGGGGAAUUCAGGAUUGUGUGGAGACCCUUUGUCGAAGAAAUGUGGCAGUGUAGAAGCAUCACCACCACCUUUUUCAAAAUUCAAGCAAGAUGAUGAUCAUUCAUGGUUUCCGAUUGAUAAAAUUGAUUGGGUUGUCAUAUGCAUGGGCUAUGGAGGUGGGCUAAUUGCUGGGUUGAUCAUUGGGCACACUCUGACCACAAGGUAUCAUGAAUGGUUUGUCAACACCUUCGAAAGAAACCAAAAGAAACAUGGAAGGAAUAAUAAAAGCAGGCGAAGAAGUUAAAUUUGAUGAGCGGCCACAUUUGCUUCAAGGAUGUGUGCUUCUAUAGAUUUCCCGAUUGGAAGGAAAGAAUUUCAGACCUAGAAUGGAGAUUUUACCUUGUUCAGGGCAGUUUCGAAGAUGAUAUACAUGGUUUGUCGUGAUUAUAUACGCAUUAGAUAAUUCGUGUGUAUUGUGUUUCUUUUGCCUUCUGUCAUGUAAUCAUUUAGUAAUGUAGUUCAGACGAGGUCAUAACAUGUUGCAGUGUUAAAAAAUUUGGAGUACUAAGUUUGGUUGUGUG